GAUCUUGACAAGUUCAAGAUGGAGUACCACCCCACCAGUGGUCAACCUACAGUCGUCGAAAGUUUUUCAGUCUAUGGACGUGCGGAUGCUCCGCCUCCAUUCGUCGACGACUCUCCAUGGCUUCCCUUUUUAUGCCGUGCCGACUUUGAGUUUGCUGAACUGGCGCACCGAGCCGCUCUCAGCAAGGAACACAUAGAUAAAUUUUUGCAGCUCAUUUGGAACAUUGUAGAUGGUCACACAAAGUUUACAUUUAAGACUCACGGUGACGUAUCAAGAGCAUGGGAUAAGGCUUCAACGCAGAUGACACCGUUCGAGAAGCACAUUAUAUCUGUAGAUUAUCAGAAGGGGAAACUGGACUUCGAUGUGUAUUCACGGCCAAUAUGGGACUGGGCCAUGGACCUACUCAACAAGCCUAUUUUGGUGUCGCAUUUUGAAUGGGACGCUCAGCGGUUGUACAAGCAUAAUGGUACUCGGUAUGAACAAUUUAUACAUGAACCUUGGACUGCAGACCGUUGGUGGAGGAUCCAAUCUUCGUUACCUAACAAUGGGGUACCUUUCGCCUUUAUCUUGUAUGCAGACAAGACACACUUGUCGUCUUCUGGCAAUGUCAAAGGAUAUCCGGUAAUUGCCCGGUGUGCGAACUUACCGGUUCACAUUCGAAAUCAUGCUGGAAUAGGAGGUGGUCGCCUCGUGGGCUGGUUACCGAUCGUAGGUUUCUAUGCUGAAGAAGACCACAAGCUCUCCUACACGAAUUUAAAGCGUGUCAUUUGGCACGAAGCGUUUUUAAAGUUUCUCGAGGUUGUCAUACUUUACUCUAAGACAGGAUUUGCCCAUAAAUGUUUCGAUGACAUCACACGGUGGUUAUAUGCGCUGAUUCUGCUAUUAUCAGCUGACUAUGAAGAACAGUGCGUGAUGGCAUUAAUACGAGGGACAGGCUCCCUCUGUCCAUGUCCCAUCUGCCUGGUGCCUUCAACGAAACUUCGCGACCACACUGUGACAUACCCCAUCCGAAAAGUUGAGGAUGUGCAAGUUCGUGUCAAACUCUAUGAGGAGAACCGCGUCGUGGGAGAAGCGGCCCUGAAGGAACAAGGUUUGCGACCUGUAAAAAAUGUCUUCUGGAGAUUGGAAAACUCAAACCCUCAUGAGACAAUCUCUCAGGACCUGUUGCACGCAUUUCAUGGCGGUUUAUAUGGUCAUCAUAUUCACGAAGAGGCUAAGAAUCUCGCAGAACUUCUCGGGCGCAGUGCCCUCAAGCAAAUUGACGAGCAAUUUGAUGCCUUUCCACGAUGGAGGGGUCUUAAUCAUUUUUGCCGGGUCACGAACAUUAGCUUUAGUGAUGGGAACAAAUUUCGAGAUAUCUCGAAGCAAUUUCUGUUUGCUGCUCAUAAUGUGCUCACAAAGCAGGAGAGCAAAGCCGGCUACAUGCUUUUGCGGUGUAUUGCGAGUUACCUCGCUAUAGACAUGUAUGUCUCGCUCGACACCCAAAUGGAGGGCACUUUU